GCCUCUCCUCUACUCUCCUCUCCGGCUCAAGUGAAUCAGCUGACGAAUGGUAUCUCCCUCCUCUCUCCCCGGAUGGAUCGCGCCGCCGGAGCCGGGCAGCCUGAGCGCUGACACAGGAGCAGGUUGCCCACCGCUCGCUCUCCUCCCGCUGGAUGUCGGACCGACCGAGCCUCAAGUAAAAGAUUUCACCGGCCAAAAAUAGAGGUUACUUUACUCAUUUUUCACCUCGGGCAGGAAGCUACCCGCUUCCCCUCACCAUGGCUUCCAACUUCAACGACAUAGUCAAACAGGGAUACGUGAGGAUACGGAGUAAGAAACUGGGGAUCUUCCGGAGGUGUUGGCUUGUGUUCAAGAAAGCCUCCAGUAAAGGACCCCGUCGGUUAGAGAAAUACCCAGACGAGAAGGCAGCCUACUUCAGGAGCUUCCACAAGAUCACUGAGCUCCAUAACAUCAAGAACAUUACUCGGAUGCCGCGGGAGACAAAAAAGCACGCUGUGGCGAUUAUCUUCUGUGAUGACACAUCCAAGACGUUUGCCUGUGAAUCAGAGCUGGAUGCGGAGGAAUGGUGUAAGCUGCUGUGCAUGGAGUGCCUGGGCAGCCGUCUCAACGACAUCAGCCUGGGAGAGCCAGACCUGUUAGCAGCGGGGGUGCAGCGGGAGCAGAACGAACGUUUCAAUGUGUACCUGAUGCCCACCCCUAACCUGGACAUCUACGGGGAGUGCACCAUGCAGAUCACCCAUGAAAACAUCUACCUGUGGGACAUUCACAACGCUCGCCUCAAACUCGUCAUGUGGCCUCUCAGCUCCCUGCGCAGAUACGGUCGAGACUCCACCUGGUUUACUUUUGAGUCCGGAAGGAUGUGUGACACAGGAGAGGGUUUGUUCACGUUCCAGACGCGGGAGGGGGAGAUGAUCUACCAGCGGGUCCACUCGGCCACGCUGGCCAUUGCCCAGCAGCAUGAGAGGAUGAUGGAGGAGAUGGAGAAGAGCUCCCAGAUCCACUCCAGAGAGACGCUAACCAAGUCCAUCUCCCUGCCACGCAGCGCCUACUGGCAGCACAUCACGCGUCAGAACAGCGUGGGAGAUCUCUACAGUUACCAAGGAACUGGCCUGACAAUGACUUUUAUCCCCCGAGCACAGACAUUUCCCAGCUUUCUGUCUGACGAGCCAGAACAAGAGGAGAGCCAGCACCAGGAAGAGGCACCAUCGCCCUCUAGUGGCUGUGAAUCCAGUUGCAGCCUGAGACCCCUUCAAUGACAGAGAAUUGCUCGACCAAAACUGGACACUUUACCCACUACUGUAGAGAGGAUGUAGAAAUAUGUAUAGUGACAUGUGUAAUAUAUCAUUUCCUGGUGAUACUUUAACAAUAGUGUCAACUGUAGAGCGAGUGGUACAUGAAGACUUGUCCUGAAAAGGAUGAUGUUGUUCUUUUUGUAUGUUGUGUGACAGCAGCAGUAGCUUCAAAGAUUGCACCAAAAAUCCUUUAAGUGUAGCUUUAAAGUGUUUUAUGUUGUCAUUUUGUUGUUAAAGCCAGCAUGAUCCUCCUUUUUUUUAAUCACUGCACUACACCUUACAGGAAGAUAAAGACACACCAAGGUCUGCUGUAAAACACUGUUAAAAAAAAAAAAAGAGAGACUUUUGUUCUGAAAUUGACAAUAUCACAUCAGGCUCAUUCCCACAAUGUGCAGCCUCAGCGAGCAUUCCAAGAAAAAAAAAAAAUCCACAAUUUUUGACACAUAAUCCUCCCACUCUUACUGUAUUCCACUUUCUCUCAAGAAUGUGAAAUUGAUCAAUGCCUUACACAAAAACCGCUUGACUUUGAUGGCAGUGAUGAAUCAGCUAAAGCCCUUAAUCAGUUACAACCAGCGAAAGGAAAAAGUCAUUCAGAAAUGUGCUUCAAGGAUAUAGGAGUGGACUGCCAUGUCAGAAAUGAUAGAAUGCAACCUUCUCACAGCCGUCUCCACUUUAAACGGCCAACCUUACAUUACUCUGGCAGUGCAAUUUGAUAUUAAUAGCUUCCCGGCUCUUCUCCAGCCUCAUAUAUACAGUAUCUGAUAACUGGCUCAUUAGCAAAAGGAGAGAAGUUGGUGACCUAUGAGGCGAGUUGUGCAAGGUAAUAAAACUUCAUGGAAAUUUUUGGCCUUCGGGUAUGUCAUGUUCACACAUGAUUAAAACCUAGAAAAAAUAGUAACAUGAAUAUAUUUCACUGAGAAAAUCUGUGCUCAAUAAAAUACACAAAAAGGCAAAACUCAUUAAAGAAUUAUUUUGACAUUUUGGAAAAUGCAGCUUAUUUACUUUCUUGCCGAGAGUUAGGUGAGAAGACUGAUACAACUGUCAUGUCAAUAUGCGAAGUAUGAAGCUACAACCAGAAUACUGUUAGCUUAUCUUAGCAUAAAGACUGCAAACAGCUAGCCUGGCUCUGUCCAAAGUACCUGUGAAAGUGCAACUGGUCGUUUUUACAGUUACAUUUUUGAACAAAUGAGAUAAUGUGUUCAUUGGUGAGCUUUAGAGGUGCUGGUGGAUUUUGUCACUGACAGAGCAAAACUAACUGUUUUCCACUGUUUCCACUUUAGUAUACAGAAUAGAGAGUGAUAUUAAUCCUCUCAUUGUUAAGAAAACAAAAAGUGUAUUUUCCAAAAUGUCAAAUUAUUCCCUUAAUAACAAAUAAAAUGGCUCAUCACAAGCUCAUGAUUAAAAACACCACAAUUUCUGACUCUGAAUCUGAAAACAACCUUGUUUUUCUCUUUUCCAUCCAUUAGCAACAGUAUUAGCUAGAGCAAACUUAUAUUAGAGGUCAUUGUCACUACAAUAGCCAAUAUCAACAAGAAAACUAUCAAAUAUUUUCAUUAAGCCCAUAGCAUGUGAGUGAAAUGUAUCACUGACGGUAUGUGACAGCUGUGAUGAUAAUGUUCUCUUCAAGUAAGAAGUGCCUUCCGACACAGACCACAGUGUUAAACCUAACUAAAGUUGCGUCUUUGGGCUUUGAGCUUACCGCUGUGGACAGAAUAGUUAGCUCUGUACCUUCAAAACAAUUGUGUAGUGUUGUAUCACACCUGAGACACAAAACCUAACCAGAGAUCUUUUGUAAAGUUGAGAAUAACACUUGUUGCCACUGUAAAGCUGACUGAUUCAUCUUCAAAUAUUUGUGGUAAAGCUGUCUGUGCUUUUAUUUCUGGCAAGAGUGUGAAUCUUUCAAAUUACAGCAACAACGCUGAAAUAAAAAAAUGGUUUCCCAUGACUCACUCUGAGGCACCAAAAGCGAUCCCUCACCAUCAAACUUAAUCCCUUUUUUGUUGACUUUUUUGUGGAUUUUGUUUUCUCUUGGGUUUGUAUCUAGAAAUACAGUAGAUAUUAGAUUCCUGGAGAAGUGAAUAUAAAUGUACAUGCACUUAUUUUGUGUUAAAGUUGAAUUUUGUCACUUUAUUUUGCAUAUUGUAUUUAAGAGAACUUAACGAUCAUAUUAAUUUGAGCCUAAAACAAAGUGCCGGUCUUAAAAAAAAGUUGUCAGUCUGCAUCACAGAGCCUGUGAUGUGAGCACGUAGAGAGACAGUUGACAUAUCCUGCCACAUUUCUGCUCUAGCUGUCUUGAGCCUUACAAUAGCUCAAGUGUGGUCAAUAAAUGAAUUUAGAAAAAACAUCCGCUACAUCUGGAGCAUUAGAGCGGUGCUGGCUGAAGUGACUGGAGAAAGUUAGUCGACAGGAUCGUUAUCAUUUGCGAUUUUUGUUGUUUAUUGUAGCUGCUCACUCGUUUGUAGGUAUGAUGUGUCAUCAUAUUUUCUGUUCCUGUUACUAUACUAUACAUGUGUUAAUAUACAUGUGUCCACCACAUGUUGUAUUCUGUUACUGUCAGAUUAUAUGUUAAAAGCACUUUGAAUACAUUGAGUGUAGGACUACAGUUUUCACUAAAUGUACAUAUGUAAUGUUUUUGAUGAUAAAAAGGUAAUAAAUUGAAUGUUCUAUCAUG